AUGCAGGACAAAAAGAUCGAAGCUCCCAUUAAGGAUGGUUGGAUUGAUGAAUCAAAGGAAACAACAGAUGAUAGUAACGAUCAUAUCCCAAUUGACAUCUAUAAUAAAUGUUUUGGUGAAAAGCAAGAAGCCAUUAAGAUAAUAGAUCUGGAAGCUCGGAAGGGAUAUAAUUGUGUUAUUCAUACAACUGCACGGAAUUCAUAUGAGAAGUAUAUUGGUGAUGGAUGGUACGAAUUUUACAAAGAGAAGAAGCUUAAAGCUGGAGAUGAGUUAUCUUUUAGCAUGAGACCUCAUGCAGAUUUUAUGUAUGUUUUUGUAAUUAGGAGUUGA